GGGGGUGGAGACAGUUCCCUGGACAGGCUUCUUCCAUCCGUCAGCUCUGGGCUGGCACCACGGAAACGGACCACCAGCCAAUGCAAGUCAGAACCGCCCCUGCUGCGGACCUCUAAACGGACCAUCUACACAGCCGGCCGCCCACCUUGGUACAACGAGCAUGGAACCCAGUCCAAAGAUGCCUUUGUUAUCGGUAGGAACCCUCAGGAGUUAGUAAAAUAAUGCUUUGUUGUCUGUUUUUAUGUACGAAAAUGAAGUGUCUUCUGCUUCCCAACCCCUCUAAGACACACAUGACAUGGUGAACGUCACAGGGUUAAGACCAGCAGCAGGGUAAAGUACUUAAGUAAAAAGUAGUUUUUUGGGGUAUCUGUACUUUACUUUAUUAUUUAUAUUUUUGACUACUUUUACUUUUACUUCACUACAUUCCUAAUGAAAAUAAUGUACUUCUUACUCCAUACAUUUCCCCUGACACCGAAAAGUACUCGUUACAUUUUGAAUGCUUAGCAGGACAGGAAAAUGUUCCAAUUUACACACUUACAGUGGGGAAAAAAAGUAUUUAGUCAGCCACCAAUUGUGCAAGUUCUCCCACUUAAAAAGAUGAGAGAGGCCUGUAAUUUUCAUCAUCGGUACACGUCAACUAUGACAGACAAAUUGAGAAUUUGUUUUCCAGAAAAUCACAUUGUAGGAUUUUUAAUGAAUUUAUUUGCAAAUUAUGGUGGAAAAUAAGUAUUUGGUCAAUAACAAAAGUUUCUCAAUACCCUUGCUGAUGGAAGGAGGUUUUCACUCAAAAUCUCACGAUACAUGGCCCCAUUCAUUCUUUCCUUUACACGGAUCAGUCGUCCUGGUCCCUUUGCAGAAAAACAGCCCCAAAGCAUGAUGUUUCUACCCCCAUGCUUCACAGUAGGUAUGGUGUUCUUUGGAUGCAACUCAGCAUUCUUUGUCCUCCAAACACGACGAGUUGAGUUUUUACCAUAAAGUUCUAUUUUGGUUUCAUCUGACCAUAUGACAUUCUCCCAAUCCUCUUCUGGAUCAUCCAAAUGCACUCUAGCAAACUUCAGACGGGCCUGGACAUGUACUGGCUUAAGCAGGGGGACACGUCUGGCACUGCAGGAUUUGAGUCCCUGGCGGCGUAGUGUGUUACUGAUGGUAGGCUUUGUUACUUUGGUCCCAGCUCUCUGCAGGUCAUUCACUAGGUCCCCCCGUGUGGUUCUGGGAUUUUUUCUCACCGUUCUUGUGAUCAUUUUGACCCCACGGGGUGAGAUCUUGCGUGGAGCCCCAGAUCGAGGGAGAUUAUCAGUGGUCUUGUAUGUCUUCCAUUUCCUAAUAAUUGCUCCCACAGUUGAUUUCUUCAAACCAAGCUGCUUACCUAUUGCAGAUUCAGUCUUCCCAGCCUGGUGCAGGUCUACAAUUUUUUUCUGGUGUCCUUUGACAGCUCUUUGGUCUUGGCCAUAGUGGAGUUUGGAGUGUGACUGUUUGAGGUUGUGGACAGGUGUCUUUUAUACUGAUAACAAGUUCAAACAGGUGCCAUUAAUACAGGUAACGAGUGGAGGACAGAGGAGCCUCUUAAAGAAGAAGUUACAGGUCUGUGAGAGCCAGAAAUCUUGCUUGUUUGUAGGUGACCAAAUACUUAUUUUCCACCAUAAUUUGCAAAUAAAUUCAUAAAAAAUCCUACAAUGUGAUUUUCUUGAUUUUUUUUCUUCUCAAUUUGUCUUUCAUAGUUGACGUGUAGCUAUGAUGAAAAUUACAGGCCUCUCUCAUCUUUUUAAGUGGGAGAACUUGCACAAUUGGUGGCUGACUAAAUACUUUUUUCCCCCACUGUAUCAAGAGAACAUCCCUGGUCUACUGCCUCUGACCUGGCGGACUCACUAAACACAAAUGCUUCGUUUGUAAAUUAUGUCUGAGUGUUGGAGUAUUCCCUUGGCUAUUCGUAAAUUUAAAAAACGCAAAUUGUGCCUUCUGGUUUGCUAAAUUUAAGGAAUUUGAAAUUAUGUACACUUUUACUUUUGAUACUUAAGUAUAUUUAAAACCAAAUACUUUUAGACUUUUAUUCAAGUAGUAUUUUACUGGGUGACUUUCACUUGAAUCAUUUUCUAUUAAGGUAUAUUUACUUUUACUAAAGUAAGAUAAUUGGAUACUUUUUCCACCACUGUUUGACACACCUUUUCUUACUUCCACAAAGCAUUCCAGGAUGUAUGCAACAAGCAUGGCCAUUUCAAACAAUACAGAAUUAAGGACAGAGACAACCCUUGGUUCUCAGAUGAACUAGCUGAAAUCAAAUGGAAACGGAAUGCUGUGUGGGCUAAAGCAAGAAGGUCUGAUUCAGCUGAUGAUUUGAUGGCUUUUAAAUGCCUUCGGAAUCAGGAUGUUGCUAUGACCCGAAAGCUGAAAGCAGACCACUACCUCAAAUCUACUGCUGAUAAUCUGAAUAAUCUUUCUACAUUUUGGCAAGUAGUGAAAAGUUUAGAGUGCAAAAAUUAUGAACAGCUCCCUAGACAACUGGUUGGCUCAAAGGUGGUAACUGAGAGAACCUCUAUUCUGAACUCUUUUAAUCAACAUUUUCUUGAUGCAGGUGGAUUAUUUGAUAGGGUUAAAGGUCAACAUGAGCCCCCUGGGAAAUUAACAGACACUCCCGAGCACUCCUUCUCCUGGUUAUCCUUCUUGCCCUUUUCUGUCUCAGAGGUCCGUAGAGCCCUGAAAGCAAUUGAUGUGAAAAGAUCCCCUGGCCCUGAUGAUCUAUACCCCCGCCUACUACAAUUAGCUGCAGACAUCAUUGAUCCCCCUUUAACCUCACCCUAGAAUGUAAUGGAAUCCCCAGGUUGUGGAAAUCAGCAUUUGGCCUACCUCUUUUAAAGGAGGUGAUCCCACUCUACAGAAUAACUAUCGGCCCAUAUCUAAGUUGUCUAUUCUGUCAAAGGUAUUAGAGUCCCUAGUCAAUAAGCAGUUUAAGGCCUACCUCCAGGAAACAAUAUUUUGAGUGGUAUGAGUGGCCACAGCACUGUCACAGCAACUUUGAAGAUUUGGAAUGAUGUUUACUGUACCCUGGAUAGGAAGCUGCAUUGUGUAUCUGUAUUCAUAGACUUGUCAAAGGCGUUUGACACUGUGGACCAUACUGUCCACAGGCUCUGAGUGGUUUGUGAACUACCUGUCAAAUGUAUUUUUAUCCAGUGUGUUAAGGAAGAUCGUUGUAAGUCGGAUACCAUAGAGUUGUGCUCGGGAGUGCCUCAAGGAUAAAUUUUAGGUCCCUUGUUGUUUAUUAUCUAUAUUCAUAACAUUGGUCCUCUGUAGCUCAAUUGGUAGAGCAUGGCGCUUGUAACGCCAGGGUAGUGGGUUCGAUCUCCGGGACCACCCAUACGUAAAAAUGUAUGCUAAAUGGCAUAUUAUAUUAUUAUUAUUUUAUAUUGAGACAGCUGAUGUACAUUUUUAUGCGGAUGACACUGUUCUUUAUUCAAGUGUCAGCAGUUUGACUUUGGCUUUCGAAAAAGUUCAAACAGCUUUUAACAUCAUUCAACAGAAUCUGUACGAUUUGAAGCUUGUUCUGAUUUCCUCUAUAACAAAAUGCAUGGUAUUUUCCAAUAUUAAACACUCUGAAAACCAUGUAAUUACUACCUUGGAAGGACAUUCUAUAGAGCAAGUCAAAAUGUACAAAUAUCUGGGAGUUUGGGUGGAUGAGAAGUUGAGCUUCACCAACCAUGUAGAGAACCUUGUCAGGAAACUCAAGCUCUGUAUUGGGUUUUAUUACCGGUACAAAGCUUGUUUUUCAGUUGGCGCCAGAAAGGAGUAGAUUUGUUUGUACUUUUCUAUCCGUAUUCGACUAUGGUGUUUCUAUGUAUUACACUGAAGGCUCUUGAAUCUGUGGACCACGCAGCCCUUUGUUUUUGUCACCAAUCAGAGACGUCUAACUCACCAUUGUGAUCCAUACAGUGCUGUCGGGUGGACAUCACUAGCAACACGUAGGCUCCAACACUGGUAUAUUCUUAUUUAUCUUUUUUAGGAAAAUUGCAAUUUUAUCUAUCCUCUCUUCUAGCUCGAAUUGAAAGCACAUACAAGCUCAGAUCUCAAUCUUGUUUUAUGCUAAGAGUCCCAAAGAAUUAGAACCGAGCAUGGAGAAAGGUCCUUUCAUUACUCAGCCCCUUGGUCUUGGAAUUCCCUCGAAGCUAACCUAAAACUCCAAGACCUGGUGUCCCUAGAGGAGUUCAAAAGACAAAUAGAUGAACAGGUUGUUGAGACGUAGUUGUUUCUAGUUGUCACUAGUUUGCGUUGCCUUAUAUAAGGAAGCAUGUUGUUUUACGUCACACACACCACACUCAUGCCUGCACACACACACACACAGCCACUGUUUGUUUGCUGUUGUAUUUGUGCUGUUUGCAGUGUCUUCUGUCUGAGCUGUCCAUUUUGUCACACAUUGUUUAUAGUUUUUUUUAUCCCAGACCCCGUCCCCACAGGAGGCCUUUUGCCUCUUGCCAGGCCAUCAUUGUAAAUAAGAAUGUGUUCUUAACUGACUAGCCUGGUUAAAUAAGGGUUAAAUAAUUAUCAGUCAGGAGAGGCCUUGAGUUAUUGAGAGUACACAUUCCUACAGUCCACUGCAGUUCACUAAAUAAUUACACUCUUCUCAUACACAACGAGCUUGAACCUAACACCACUACUUUCAAUCUCUAAGGAUAUAACAACAAUCUAUUCAUACUAAAAUAAUAUAAUGAUUUAAAACAGGGACACAAUGGGAACUGGUGAGAUGAGCGAGGCAGACAAUGACCACUUAAAAGUCCUUGGUUCUGAUAGAUUUUAAAUGACUGUUUUAUAAGUGGUCAUUGUCUACCUCGCACAUCUCACCAGUUCCCAUUGUGUCCCUGUGUGUCCUGCAGGUCUGUGUGGGGGCAGUGCCUCAGGGAAGACCACUGUAGCCAGGAAGAUCAUAGAGGCUCUGGAUGUCCCCUGGGUGGUCCUGCUCUGCAUGGACUCCUUCUACAAGGUGUGUGUGUGUGUGUGUGCGCACAUGCAUGCUAGUGAACUCGCUUGCACAUAUAUAUUUGUGCACGCGUGUAGCCGUGUGUGCAUGUAUGCUUAGUAUGUACAAUCAUUUUAGAGGCCGCCCUAUCCAGUUUUAGAACCUCUUUCAGUUCAAAUGACUGUCACAUACUAGAGAUUCAUCUCUUGCUCAAUAACAGCACAACAACACUCAUGCACAGUACAGCUUUCCUCUCACUCCCCCCAGAAUCUGAACGAGAUCUGGAGAUGUGUCUACUGUGUUUUAAUACCACUUAAUCCCAUUAUCUGUCUCUCUCUCUCUCUCUAGUCCCUCUCUCUAUCUUUCUACCCUGAGUGACCAGGCUUUUAAAGAGAGAAAAGUGAUAGAGAGAUGGAAGGAUCCCUGAGGGGAUAAGAGGGCAGAUGUCAAAUGAGAGGGGGGGGGGGGGGGGGGGGGACAUAAAAAAAGUUAAAUGUGGGCGAGCGAGUGUAAGGACAAGAGGAGUGAGAUAUUGGCCAAACAACCACCAUUAAAAUAGUCAUCAGCCUCCCCUUCUUGUGUUACGUAAUAGAGUGACAGCCUGACUUUACUGCAGCUCUACCAGCUUUACUGUAGGUCACUGCCUUUACCAGUCCCCUUUGGAUCUUAACUAAUGCCAUUUUAAGAUACCAAAUACCAGCUGUGAGUUAACAACCAAACACCAUUAUCAUUUAUAACAUCAGCAGCAGUGGUAGUUGCCAUUAAAUCACAGAUCUAGGUUCAGUUUACCCUUCCCCAAAUCUUAACCUUAACCAUUAGGGAGAUUUGAAAAAUGACUGACCAGGUAACAGUGAUUUGGGAAAACUUAGUCUCAUUUGGGAAAACUCCUGCUCAGUCCCAUAUCCAUGGAUAUCCACUCUGAGAUAUCACACCUCUCAUUAUGGCUUUCCAGGCCCCAUCUUGACUCUAGAGUAGCACUGACCUGGUUGUAUUUCUAUGACACUGUUAAUUAUAAAGUGCUUAUGAUUGGACCACGAGAGGAGGGGGUGGGAGAGGGCCAAAUACCAGGGCCGGAGUUUUAAAGGGCUGCCUACGGUCCAGUGCACACACACACACCUCCUGGCACAGUCCUCACAGGAGGGUCACAACAUUCCUCACAGGAGGGUCACAACAUUCCUCACAGGAUGGUCACAACAUUCCUCACAGGAGGGUCACAACAUUCCUCACAGGAUGGUCACAACAUUCCCGUCCCAGCUAAAUUUUGUCAAGCUAAUUUGAGAGGCACUCCACUAGGGGGUGUGUGUGUGCACAUGCACGUUCAGGUGCACAUGACUAUGUCUAAGUCCUGUGUAAGUCCUGGUCAAGAGAGUAUCAUGUUCAUGCUAAAUCCACAGAUAUUUCAGGGAUGACGUUCUGCUUGCAAUUUGGCUCUGAUUUACUGUUAUUUUAAUGUUCGUCCAAUGUUGUGUCUAGGUUCUGACACCUGAGCAGCAGGUCACGGCAGCCAGUAAUGACUACAACUUUGACCACCCGGAUGCCUUUGACUUUGGCCUGCUGGCACACACACUGCGGAAACUCAAACUGGGCAAGAGUGUCAAGAUCCCUGUGUAUGACUUUACCACACACGGACGCCAGAAGGAGUGGGUAAGACACACUCGGAUGAACACACACGCACACACACAAUCAAACAGAAAUGCCCCCCCCACACACACACACACACACGUGUAGAAACACAGUGUAAAACACACACAGCUCCUCUCAGUGUGUACCAUAAAAGAGUUGGAGUUGACGUAGGGUUAUUGCAAUAUAAUCUUGGUCGCUAGAUUACUCAACAGUCUUUUAAUCUCCAUAUCCGGAGUUACUCUAUGACAUGCAGUUGCAGAUCCAUCCCAGAUGCACAGUGGCAGCCAUUCACGUUUGACUUAACAUGUUUUACGGUUAUCCCCUAACAAUGAGAAGUUUAACCCUGUUAACCAUUAGCAUGGGGGAAGAUAGAAAACUGAGUCUCAGUCACGUUUUACGGAUAGACAUUACCAGACACGUACGGCACAGGGACCGAUUGUGACAUUAGAGAAAUGUGGAAUUGUUACCAAAAACAACACAGACGUUUUGGUGGCGACCAUGCACUUCUGGUAGUGUCAAAAUCGUACUUAACCCACAGCGUUUGUAUUCAGCCAGGUGACUUACAGUAUGUGUGUUUCAUCCCUUUCAGAAAACAGUGUAUGGAGCCAGUGUUAUCAUCUUGGAGGGAAUCAUGGCCUUUGCAGAUAAAGAGCUGUUACAGGUAAGACUGGAAGACACGUUGAUGGCAUUACGAGCAGGUUGUGUGUGCACGUGUCUGUGUGUUUCUCAUGGUGUGUGUGUUUCUCAUGGUGUGUGUGUUUCUUACUCAUGGUGUGUGUGUUCUCACAUGGUGUGUGUUCUCUCAUAGUGUGUGUGUGUGUGUGUGUGUUUUUUCAUGGUGUGUGUGUUCCCUCAUGGUGUUUGUGUUCUCUCAUAGUGUGUGUGUUUCUCAUGGUGUGUGUGUUCUCUCAUGGUGUGUGUGUUCUCUCAUGGUGUGUGUGUUCUCUCAUGGUGUGUGUGUUCUCUCAUGGUGUGUGUGAUCUCUCAUGGUGUGUGUGUUCUCUCAUGGUGUGUGUGUGUGUGCGUGCGUGCGUGCAUGCGUGUGUGUGUGUUUCUCAUGGUGUGUGUGUUCUCUCAUGGUGUGUGUGUGUGCGUGCGUGCGUGCGUGCAUGCGUGUGUGUGUGUGUUUCUCAUGGUGUGUGUUUCUCAUGGUGUGUGUGUGUGUGUGUGUGCGUGCGUGCAUGCGUGUGUGUGUGUGUGUGUUUCUCAUGGUGUGUGUUCUUUCCACCCCACAGCUGCUGGACAUGAAGAUAUUUGUGGACACGGACUCAGACAUCCGUCUGGUGCGUCGGCUGCAGAGGGACAUCACAGAGCGUGGCCGGGACAUCGAGGGCAUCAUCAAACAAUACAAUACGUUUGUGAAGCCCGCCUUUGAGCAGUACAUUGAGCCCACCAUGCGACUGGCUGACAUUGUGGUACCACGCGGUAAGAUUUGGAACCAGCACAAACACACUGAAAACUUAAUAAUGUAUGACCAUGUGCUCUCUCACACACACACACACACACACACACACACAUACAUUUGCUUAUACAUAUACUCUCACAGACUUAGACCUUUAGGGGUGAACUUCCACUUAAAUCAAAUGUUGACUUAGUCGUGCAUUGGCGUUAAGUGAAAAGUGAAAAGUUGACUUAGUCCCCUAAACCAUUAUAAUAUACACACAUAAUGUCAUCACUGUCUAAUGUCACUUCCUCUUCCUGUGUGUGUCAUAUCCUGGAAGGAGGAGGCAACAUGGUGGCCAUAGAGCUGAUCGUACAGCAUGUCCACAGCCAGCUAGAGGAGGUAAGAGUUCCUCCCUUCACUCUCCUUAUACUCCUCCAGCUUGACAGCUCUACAUCUAACCUAGCCUCCCGAGUGGCGCAGUGGUCUAAGGCACUGCAUCACAGUGCUAGCUGUGCUACUAGAGAUCCUGGUUCGAAUCCAGGCUCUGUUGUAGGCGGCUGCGACCGGGAGACCCAUGGGGCGGCGCACAAUUGGUCCAGGGUAGGGGAGGGAAUGGCCGGCAGGGAUGUUGGUAGAGCAUGGCGUUUGCAACGCCAGGGUUGUGGGUUUGAUUCCCACGGGGGGGGGCAGUAUAAAAAUAUAUAUAUAUAAUAAUGUAUGCACUCACUAACUGUAAGUCGCUCUGGAUAAGAGCAUCUGCAAAAUGACUAAAAUGUAAAUGUAACCAGAGCAGACAGGACCAGUUUACGAACUGAUACUAGCUCCACUGCCCCCUCUAGUGGAACAAGAAAGCAUUUUCUCUAAUAGCAUGAUUUCCUGAGAAAGAUUACACAAAAUGAAGUAUAAACAUGUCGAGCAUGACCAGAGGCUUAUUCAAUGUGGUGCAAUAUACUGUAUGAUUCUUUAUUCUACACAACAUACUCUAUUUCUAUCUGGUUGUUCUGUAACGUCCUGAAUAGGUCACUGAUGAGAGGUUAGAUGAGGUGAAUAGGUCAGGAUGGAUAGAGUGAAUUAAUGUUUUGCAAUGUGACUUGUGGCACAUGCACUAAUGGCUAGCAGGGUUGGUGUGUCACUUCUAUCACAAUUAAGGUGCCUGAAAUAAAAUUCCAGUUGAAGAAUUUGGAAAAUGUAAUCUUCCUUGGAAAUAAAUGGCAGUUUUCAGUUCAUCUUCUAAAGUUGACCAAAUUGAAAUGGAAUUGCUUCCAUCCCUCAUUACCAACGAAGGCAUGUGUUCUUAUUGUGGUGUUACCUAUUUGACAUGGUACUAUUGGCCUUGCUCCACCUCACUGCACCACUCUCUCCACUCUACUCCCCCUUCAUUCCUCCAUCACACACAGCGCGAGCUCAGCGUCAGGUAGAGUAGCACAACUGUUUACUGUACCGCCGAACCCCCCCCCCCCCCCCCCCCCCCCCCCCCCCACCACACAACCGAUUUAGUACCCUAAAUCACUAAUACAGGGUCAGAUAUCGUUAUCUGUUCCCAGAAGUGGCAAGUUAUACUUCGAAGCCACAAAAUCAACAUCCUCCCUGUCUCCAACUGCCUGUUGCUGUUACACAGUAUCAACACUAGGAGCCCACCUUGUCAAUGAGCACAUGGACAAGUGAUACAGUACAGUGAAUGAUGUAACAGGCUCUACGGGAAAAGAGUAUUCCAUUACAGAUAGCAUUAUCAAUAGUAAUUGGCAUGUGUGGAGUGACGCUUAAUUCGCUAUUAAGCAAACAGUACAAAAACAGCUAUGAGUGAGCAGAACUUUGAGAGACAAUCUGCCCUUUGACAUCAGACACGCCACACUUCAGUUCUGUGUUUGACAGUUGAGUGAAGAUGAAUGCCCUUCUAUCGGUUCUAUGUGCAGCAGGCAGUUGAUUGGAGGAUGUUGUUUUUUCCUCUACCUUAAAUACUUGAUGGCUCACACACACACCCACCCUCUGCAUUCUGUGUCUAAAAAUAAUCUACUGAGACAUCCUCACUGACCUCUCAGCCCCAGAGAGAGAGAGAAAGAGAGAGAGAGAGAGAGAGAGAGAGAGAGAGAGAGAGAGAGAGAGAGAGAGAGAGAGAGAGAGAGAGAGAACUUCUGAGAGUAAUGUUUACUGUUAAUAUUUAUUGUUUAUUUCACUUUUGUUUACUAUCUACUUCACUUGCUUUGGCAAUGUUAACAUACGUUUCCCAUGCCAAUAACAAUAAAGCCCUUCAAUUGAAAAUUGAAUUGAGAGAGAGAGAGAGAGAGAGAGAGAGAGAAGAGAGCUAUUGUCACAAAUCGCAUCUCAAACCGCAGCAAAAGUUUUCUAUAUCUACUACAAAAGGCUGAGUUUUUCCAUUGAAUAUGUCGGCCACAGCAGAUCAGAGUGGUAGAGAGAGAGAGAGAGAGAGAGAGAGAGAGAGGAAGUGCAUUUGGUAUCUCUUUAGACACAGGAUGUAUUGGGGCCGUUGAGCUGUGAGUCGUACCUCUGUAUUGUAGAGACACAGUGUAGGUGUGACAGCCACAACCAGCGUGAGAGCAGCCCACGUGUAGAGACACAGUGAAGGUGUAACAGCCACAACCAGCGUGACAGCAGCCCACGUGUACACAUAACACACAAUGGCACAACCACUGACUGAAUUACAGUGACUUUGUUACUGAAUAGACUAACCGGGUUGAACUAUUAUUUGUAAAUUGAUCAAAAAUAUUAUUUGGCAAUUUUAUAUGGCAAAAUGUGUCUUGGUCUGAGGAAUUGUGAGGAUUGCUCACAGCGUGUUGAGUUGUCACACACAGCACUGUAUCACAUGAUCAUCCCUUUAUCCAUCUCUUUAUUUACCGUAUGUUGUUUGUCUGUUUUUAUUUUCUUCCCUUUUUCUGUUGUUGUUGUCGUCGUUGUCAUUCUGUCUCUGUCACUGUGUGUCGUUGUGUUUCGUCCAAACCCUCUUCUCUCCAUAGAGGAAACUUCGCUGGGAUAUGUGAGCAGAUUUGCAUAUGAUUUAUCUGUGUUUGCAUUUUUUUUCCGUUAUCUAACAGGAGUUAAAUUUUUUAUGAAACGGUAUCACAGCUUGUUUUAUGUAGCUUGAGAGUGUGGGGUUUUAAUGUGAUAUCACUCAACUCAAAGCUUGCAUGACCUCAAUUCUAAUCUUUGGCAAGACCAGAACCCAUUGUGCUGUAUGUUUUUAAGUCAGAUUCUAGCCAAAAACCAGGCCAGGCCUGGGCUAAGCCCUCUGCAUAGUAACCUUCAUUUUUCUUUAAAUCAGCCUGUGUGGAUCUGAAUUGAGAAGUUGGGCUUUCUUUGCGUUGAUGUGUGUGUGUGUGUGUGUGUUUGUGUGAAUCACAUGGGAUUAUAACAACACAAAGAGAAAAAUUAAGAGAAAAUCAGGGUGCUUAGGCCACCAUUAGUAAGCAAAGGACAUUUGAUCCAAAGUUUCCUGCCUAGUUUCAGUUUCAAUUAUUGCACAUUGAUCUAUGUUGAAUUAAUUACUCUUUCAGCACUCACUGUAGAAUCUAACUGAAUUGGAACCAAAACAGUAGCUAAGAAUCAUCAAACGUUCUCUUGAAGCUGUUGUAUAAUGGCAGACACUACUGUAGAUGUUCAGUGCUGCUAACUGACCUGGAUCUUUCUGCUCUUCCUAUUUUAAUCUGGUGUGUUUUAAAUGUGUGUUUUCUAGAAUCCUACCUACCCACUAAUCAAUAUUAACACCAGUGUGAUGAUACUGUUUAAAAGUCUGUGUGUGCGCGCUUGCUGGUGUUUUUCAAGCCUGUGACUGGAUGAAUGCAACCUACCGCCGAUUCCAGUGCUGAUAAGUCCUUCCUCCAUUUCUCCUCCUGGUUGCUAUGGUUACAGGGCAGCCCUUGCCUCCGCCCACCAGGCCCAGCCUCUCCCCCAGACCCUGAGUGUUCUGGAGAGUACACCUCAGGUCAGGGGCAUGCACACCAUCAUCAGGUACAAUACACACUACACACUGUAUACUGUAACUACUAGCUCUAGAACUACUGUAGAAUGACCCACUACUAGUCAGGUACUGUACUCAUUUAUACAAUGGGUGGAUCUAAUCCUGAAUGCUGAUUGGUUAAAAUCUAUUUCCACAAGUUACCACCGGCUAAAUCUAUGAUGUUAAAAUGCCUAUUUACUCUGUUCCAUCUGACUGCGCAAUCCACUUUCUCAUCAGCCCAGCCAGGCAAUUUAUCAACUUGAUCUCCACUAUAAAAAGCAUCUAGACAUUAUCUCACAUUUCUUUUAGACUAACAUUUCGUUUUUAACAGCGGAGAUUUGCGUAAACCUGGCUGUCUGUCUCUCCGACAUUUGCAACAUUGUUUCAAUAUUUAAAUUCGAUCUCCAGCUGUCACAUAGUAAUGAACGUGUUGGGACGAGACAGAUAGGCAAGCAGCGUUUCUCAGCCAGUCGAAAUCAUGAAUCAGCUGGCAUCAUUUUUAUGGAUAUAUACAAAAAAAGGUACAUUGAAUGAAACGAAGUGCAGCUAGUUUGCAGUCUUUCCAGCUUCAGUUUGAAGUGAUUGUGUUACUGUAGCUGUGUUGUUGGCUAGCUCCUCUGAACAACAGUGUCCUGAUGAGUGAGCACAUUUUCUAUGCCAGGCGAAAUCGAGCCUCAUUAGCUCAUUGUUAUGGAUGUAUCCAAAUAAAUGUCUGUAGAAAACAGCUUAAACAAAUGCAAAUGAGGCUACUUUGCUGUUAUUCUGGCUGCACUUUUUGACGUGACUGUAAGUUAGCCGUAGUUGGCUAGCUAGCAAGCAAGGGAUAAGAACAUUGCCAGCUAGUAUGGCAAUGGAACAUUUAGAACAAACGACUUGGUCGCGUCCAUAGAUACAGAACAAAAAGACUGAACGACUGGGUUGCGUCUCUAGCAAGCGAACUGAUAGAACGAACGGGCUUGGGUAGCAACCCUAGAUUUGUGUCUGGACUAUAUCUUGUAGAAGGAUGAAAUAGUAUGAAUAAAUGCAUCAAAAUAAAUAUUUUAAUGAAAAUAUGUCAAUCAUUAUUUGAAUAUGUUGGUAACCCGUUGUAUAAAAGUGAUAAUGCCCUUGAAGCCGGUGUUUAGAGGAUAUAUUGGCACGGUUUGCUGGCCCUCGACUUUGUCUUGGGCCUAACAACACCAGUGCCAAUAUAUCCUACAAACACCGGCUUCUUGGGCAUUAUCACUUAAAUGCCCCAGGUCAGUAGCAUGCACACCAUCAUCAGGUACAGUACACCAAAGCCAUAUUUUACGAGAUUUUGGCCAGGUUUUAGAACGGACGCCACGUUAGCGCCUUUAUUCUCAACAUGUUGGUGAUGUAACAAUGCGAGACCGCCUCCGACAACUCCCUAUGAAAUGAGCCGCCGUUAACAAGCAACAUUUUACCAACAUAACAUCUAUCCAAGUCGGUACUGUGUUGUGGUGUCAACAAAUCACAUAUCUGCUUUCACUGCACAUCGUCAUAGGUUUUGAAAACGAUCAGAAAUAAACAGCACAAUGCGGAAGCGUUAAUUACCCCAUAGCUAUGAAGGAGAAAAGGGCGCUCUCAGAACGUUCAGACACAAACCGCAUUGGCCCAACUCUCUAUAUAUAGUAUAUGACUGCAAUACACACUACACACUGUAUAACUACUACCUCUAUAACUCAUGUAUAACUACCCACCACUACUAGUCAGGUACUGUACUAACAUGCCCCAGGUCAGUGGCAUGCCCACCAUCAUAAGAUACCAGUAAUAAUCAAUGGUACUACUCAUUACUGUACUAUUCAAUAUAACGACUCACUGACAUAGUCAGAUAAUAACACAGGCAGGUCAGAGAGAUGCAUAAACAUACUGUAGCAUUCACUUCCACAAUGUGGGUUGAUGUGACUACAUGGUCCAUAGGGUCUAUUUAUAUCUGUCUGACCCCUAACUGUCCUAUCUCCUCUGCCCAGAAACAAAGAGACGAGCAGGGAUGAAUUCAUCUUCUACUCCAAGAGGCUGAUGCGUCUGCUGAUUGAAAGAGCUCUCUCCUUCCUCCCCUCACAGGUAUGUGUGCGAGAGAGAGAGAGAGAGAGCGAGCUCUGGCAACCUUGUUCUACAGUACCUAAAUGUUCAUACCAUUAAGCAUAUUGGAAUUUAGAUUGAUUUAGAGAGAGAUUGAAAGAUUGAGGGAGAAAAAUGUAAUAACUGAAAAACAGAGAGUUAGAAAGAUGGAAACAGAGUGUAAGAGAUGGAAAGACAGCAUGAGAGGUCAAGAUUGAGAGAUGGUGAGAGAGAGAGAAAAAGAAGAGAGAGAGAGCAGAAGAGAGAGACUGGUCUCUGGAGCAUGGAAACUGUCAAUCCACCGCAGUGGAAAGUUCUCACAAACCAAAAAGAAACACACAUACAGCAACUGCACAAACACACCAGCUAACUUAAAUCGCACAGCAACUACAGUGUGCUAAAGUAGGGUGUGUAUGUACCACCUACUAGAGCUAUAGGUGUUGGAGUAAAUAAGUGUUUUGUUGACUGAGUUGACCACUGACCAUCAAUCUGAUGUAGUUUAUUGUGGCCAACUGAAAACGCACCAUGGGUUUGUUGUCUUCAGAUCUUUACACACACCUCUGAGCUCAUCCUCCCCUCUCUCUCUCUCUCUCUCUUUCCACAGAGCCAUAAAGUUCAGACACCGCAGGGAGAGGACUAUGAAGGCAGAACUUUCCACGGGAAGAGGGUUAGUUCAGCUUUCUUUAUUUCUCUUCCUGUCUGUCUGUCUGUCUGUCUGUCUAUCCAUCUCUCUCUCUCGAACUUUCUCCUACUCAUUCACUUGUUUCCAGUUCAGUCAUCUAGUGCCCUCUGAUCAGAAAAUACUAUCUCUUUGUAAUUUAAAUGAGCUCUCUAUAACCAGGUUUCCAUCCAACCGUUUUAUGCGAGUAAAGUACGUCGGAUAAAAAAAAUGUCAUGACAGGCCAAAUGUCGACACAACAAAAUACGCUAGACUAUGUGAGAAAUGUCGAUGGAAACGCUUUUAUGUGCAAAUAUUGAUAUAAUAACAAUCAAAUCGAAGUAAACUUGGUGUCACGCGAUGACAUGUCGUGUGGUCCUCCUACUACAACUCGUUGGGAAAGCACGCAGUUUAUUAGGCUACAGAUGAAAUAAGUUAUGAACUUCACAGGGUGGUUCAAGUGCAAGGUGAUGAGCUUGAUGCUCCUUUCCAAUAAAUAUCGAUGGUCUUAUUCUGGUGACAUGAUCAUCAAUGCUUGGCUGCUGUUUGACAAGUACAAAUAAUCUUGCUCUUUUGUCCGUAAUCUCAUAAUGUAGGCUAUACAGUACGCGUGUUUUAGCCAACAGCGAGCAGAUACCUGCAUGCUGUUGGCUAGAGCGCAUGUGCCAAUAUCGGAGUAGGCACACUCGCCAUGUAACGCAAAACUAAUUGUGAGAAAACCAUCAGUAGAGUUGAAAAUGCGAUGGAAUUUAACUUGUAUUUUUUAUUCGGUACAUGGGAAUUUAAUAGCAAAAUAUAUAUUUUUAUGUGCACUACGUCACUCACAGCCUUUUAUCUGCAAUAAGUCCAUUUGAUGGAAACACAUCUCUGGUGUGAAAAUGCGCAUAUUUUUUUUUAUGCAGAUUUUUGAAUAUUCACAUGAAAAUCUGUCGCCAAUUGGAUGGAAACCUAGCUUUUGAUAACAUCUUUAAUCUAUUAUUAGAUGUGAACUCAAUCCUGUGUAUUUGUCAGCCAGUGUUGUCAUAAUGAACAGUAUAGUAUUGCUAUCUUGUACAUGUUCUUGUUCUUAAAUGUAUUUACUGUACUCAGUUGUCAGUCAGUGUGUUAAUCCAUCUCUCCUGGUUUUCCGUAGAUCACAGGAGUGUCCAUCCUUCGAGCGGGAGAGACCAUGGAGCCAGCUCUCCGAGCGGUGUGUAAAGAUGUCCGCAUCGGGAAGAUCCUCAUCCAGACCAAUCAGGACACAGGAGAACCAGAGGUAUGGAUCUGAAAAACACACAUGCCUUGAGUAGGACCAUGGGACCUGGUCAGAAUAAAUUCUGGGCCAUAGUUAUAGCCCUGUUGUCUGUCCUUCCUCCCCUCUUUCCUCCCUGUCCCUCCCUCUCAGCUGCACUACCUGCGUCUGCCUAAGGACAUUGGUGAGGACCAUGUGAUUCUGAUGGACUGCACCGUGUCCACAGGAGCUGCUGCCAUGAUGGCCGUACGAGUCCUCCUGGUGGGUGAACACAUUAGGGUUACACUUUAUUUUACUCUGUGCUAUUUACAGGUAUUUACUGUCAUAGCACAAUGGUAAUUAUGUCAUAAUUAAGGUGACAUCUUUCUCUGUCACCCUGUCUGUCUUGUCCUGUCCAGGAUCAUGAUGUCCAGGAGGAUAAGAUCUUGCUGGUGUCUCUGCUGAUGGCUGAGAUGGGGGUUCAUUCUGUGGCCUACGCCUUCCCUAAGGUCCAAAUCAUCACCACCGCCGUCGACAAGAAGGUCAACAACCUUUUCCACAUCAUCCCCGGCAUAGGUGAGAGACAUUGUUUGUGUGUACGCACGCACGCCUGUCUGUGCUCUGCUUCAAACUCUAAUCUAUGCUGUUGUCUUGUCCCAAGGAAAUUUCGGUGACCGGUACUUUGGUACAGACGCACCCCCAGACUGGAGCGAUGAGGAGAUGGAUGAGCCCAGACAGACCCAUUUGAAGUGGACAUUUGAAUGAUUCAGUGGUGUGCCCUUUGGAGGACAAUUCAGGAAUGUGCUCUUCGCCCCACUGGGCAGCUACGUGCACCCCCUCAUUUUGGGGACCCAAGAGAUUCAACCACAAAGACCAGGG